CUAUGUAUGUAUCUCUAAGUUAAAGUCAGACCACAUAUAUGGCAUCACCAAUGCAAGCAUUUGGCCGACAUUGCGUCAAAAAUUUCUUUCAAUAUUACAAUUGUUGUAGUAAAACGAAUUCAACAAUAUUCUCAUGUUUACUCCUCCUAUUGCUUCUCUCUGCUACUGCAAUUUCAAAGUCCAUUAUCAACACUCUGCCUGGCUAUAAAGGUGAUCUGCCCUUUAAGCUUGAAACAGGAUAUGUGAGCGUGGGGGAGUUGGACGAUGUGCAGCUAUUUUACUACUUCAUCGAGUCAGAAGGCAGUCCAAAGGAGGACCCUCUUAUGAUUUGGCUCACUGGAGGACCUGGUUGUUCUGGUUUUAGUGGCAUUGCUUAUGAAACUGGUCCAUUAAAUUUUAACACACAGGAUUUCAAUGGAAAUUUUCCAACAUUUAUAUUGAACCCAUAUUCAUGGACAAAGGCGGCCAGCGUAAUAUUUUUAGAUGCACCAGUUGGCACUGGAUUUUCCUAUGCUGACAACACAGAAAGUUACGCCAUGGAUGAUGAAAUGUCAGCCGCACAAAUCUAUGAAUUUUUGAGAAAGUGGCUUAAGGAUCAUCCAAUGUUCACGUCAAAUGACUUUUAUAUGACUGGUGAAUCAUAUUCCGGCAUAACUAUCCCCAUCAUUGUUCAAGAAAUAUAUAAAGGAAAUGAAGUUGGAAAAGAGCCGCUAAUCAAGCUAAAAGGAUACGUGCUUGCAAGCCCUCUAACUAGUGAACAUGAUGAUAAAAAUUCCAGAGUUGAAUAUGCUCACCGGCUGACACUUCUUUCAGAUGGACUAUAUGAGUCGGUGAAGAGAAAUUGUAAUGCUGAGUACGUGAAUGUGGAUCCAAACAAUGCCGAUUGUGUGAAGGAUCUUCAAAUUGUCACAGAGUGCCUUGAAAAAGUAAAUCUUCCACAAAUUUUGGAACCUGAAUGUUCUUUUACUUCCCCCAAUUCAACUACUAAAAUAAAAUGGGAAAGAAGGUUGUUCGAAGAGGAUCCAACAGACUUUCUUCUUUCAUCUCCUCAACACUCUAAACUAUGGUGCAGGAACUAUAAUUACGCGCUCUCUUACAUGUGGGCAAAUGAUAAGAGUGUCCAACAGGCUCUCGGAGUUCGUGAGGGAACAGUAAAAGAAUGGUUGAGAUGUAACAAGGACUUGGCCUACACAAAAACAGUAUCUAGUAGUCUUGCUUAUCAUCAAUACCUCCUUUAUAAUACAAAUUAUCGAGCUCUAAUUUACAGUGGCGAUCACGACAUGAAUAUUCCAUAUCUAAGUACACAUGCAUGGAUCAAUUCUCUCAAUCUAUCUAUCAGUCAAGAUUGGAAACCCUGGUUUGUUGAUGCUCAAGUUGCAGGAUACUCAAUGAAAUAUUACUAUCAUGGAUACCAUUUGACAUAUGCAACUGUGAAGGGAGGGGGUCACACAGCUUCAGAGUAUAAGCCAAAAGAAUGCCUUGCCAUGCUUUAUAGGUGGCUUGCUUAUUAUCCCCUCUAGUCAUCUACUAGUAUUUAAAGUGUCAAUUGAGUACUCAUAUGAGCUAUAUGUCUUCCCUUGACUUUUUGCCAAAAAUACCCAUUACAAAGUCAAGGGGUUUUAAAAUUGGGCCAACCAAAAGUUUCUUAUUGUAAUGUUUAUUUGUUUCAUUAUCUUUAAUUUUUGUUGGUAGGGUUAUGAUACUCAAUGUACUUCAAACACUAUCCAAAUAUUAUUAUUGUAAUUGGUUUAAAA